AUGGCGAUGACAACACGUUUCUCACGUCUCCAGCAUCUUCUUCUCCUUCAACCCAGAUUCCAUCAAUCUCGUGUUCUCCGUCAUCCUCUUACCAGAUCAGUGAUGGGUUCUUCUUCCUCUUUUUCAUCCUCCUCGAAGCUUCUCUUCCGUCAACUCUUCGAGAAAGAAUCUUCGACUUACACUUAUCUCCUCGCCGACGUUUCUCAUCCUGAUAGACCAGCUCUGUUGAUUGAUCCUGUGGACAAGACUGUUGAUAGAGACUUGAAGCUGAUUAAUGAGUUAGGGUUGAAGCUUGUCUAUGCUAUGAACACUCAUGUUCAUGCUGAUCAUGUCACUGGAACUGGUCUUCUUAAGACAAAGCUCCCAGGUGUGAAAUCUGUAAUCUCGAAAGCAAGUGGUUCCAAAGCUGAUAAGUUUCUUGAACAUGGAGAGAAAGUAUAUAUUGGUGAUAUCUACCUCGAGGUCCGUGCUACACCGGGACAUACUGCAGGAUGUGUUACAUAUGUGACUGGAGAGGGAGCAGAUCAGCCCCAACCAAGAAUGGCUUUUACAGGGGAUGCUGUACUGAUCCGAGGUUGUGGGAGAACUGACUUUCAGAAUUUAGUAUUAAAAAUAGCUUUUGUUUUGAUCUUUAACCAGAUAUUUACAUUGCCAAAGGACACAUUGAUCUACCCAGCUCAUGACUACAAAGGCUACGAGGUAAGCACAGUUGGAGAAGAGAUGCAACACAAUCCACGUUUAACUAAAGAUAAAGACACAUUCAAAUCCAUCAUGUCAAAUCUGAAUCUGGCGUAUCCGAAGAUGAUUGAUGUUGCAGUACCAGCAAACAUGGUAUGUGGAUUACAAGACCUGCCUUCUUCUCAACCCAACUAA